ACCUUCAGGACCACAAUGCCUGGUAGGGCAAGGACUCGCGCCCGAGGCAGAGCCCGCCGCAGGGAGAGCUACCAACAAGAGGCACCUGGGGGACCCAGAGCACCUGGAUCAGCUACAACCCAGGAGCCCGCUCAGUUGCAGUCGACACCCCGGCCGCUGCAGGAGGAAGUCCCAGUGGUUAGACCUCUGCAGCCAAGAGCAGCAAGAGGAGGAGCACAGUCUCAAGGGGUGAAGGAACCUGGACCUGAGGCUGGGUUGCAUACAGCGCCCUUGCAGGAGAGAAGGAUUGGUGGAGUUUUUCAAGACCUGGUGGUGAACACUAGGCAAGAUAUGAAGCAUGUUAAAGACUCAAAAACAGGUUCAGAGGGUACAGUGGUACAGCUACUCGCCAACCACUUCCGAGUGAUAUCUCGUCCUCAGUGGGUUGCAUAUAAAUAUAACGUUGACUACAAACCAGACAUAGAAGAUGGAAAUCUCCGUACAAUUUUACUUGAUCAACAUAGAAGGAAGUUUGGAGAGCGCCAUAUAUUUGAUGGAAACUCUUUAUUAUUAUCUCGGCCACUAAAAGAGCGGAGAGUGGAAUGGUUGAGCACAACCAAAGACAAAAACAUCGUGAAGAUUACAGUUGAGUUUUCCAAAGAACUCACGCCCACGUCGCCAGAUUGCCUACGCUAUUACAACAUUCUCUUUAGAAGAACUUUCACGCUGCUGGAUUUUGAACAAGUUGGUCGCAACUAUUAUACCAAAAAGAAGGCCAUUCAGUUAUACCGUCAUGGUACCAGUUUGGAAAUCUGGCUGGGUUAUGUUACUUCUAUUCUUCAAUACGAAAACAGCAUUACCCUCUGUGCCGAUGUGAGCCACAAACUGCUCCGAAUAGAAACUGCUUAUGAUUUCAUAAAGAGAACAUCUGCCCAGGCCCAGACAGGAAACAUCCGAGAGGAAGUAACUAAUAAAUUAAUUGGAUCAAUUGUUCUGACAAAAUACAACAACAAAACCUACAGAGUAGAUGAUAUUGAUUGGAAGCAGAAUCCUGAAGACACAUUUAACAAAUCAGAUGGCAGCAAAAUCACCUAUAUAGACUACUACAGGCAGCAACAUAAAGAAAUUGUCACAGUGAAGAAACAGCCACUUUUGGUCAGCCAGGGCAGAUGGAAAAAGGGCCUAACGGGUACACAACGUGAACCUAUCCUGCUGAUUCCUCAGCUGUGCCACAUGACAGGUCUAACAGAUGAAAUACGUAAAGAUUAUAGCAUUAUGAAAGAAUUGGCUAAACAUACAAGAUUGAGUCCAAGAAGAAGGCAUCAUACAUUAAAAGAAUUCAUCAAUACUCUACAAGAUAAUAAAAAAGUACGAGAGUUACUUCAACUCUGGGAUCUGAAAUUUGAUACCAAUUUUUUAUCCGUCCCGGGAAGAGUUUUGAAAAACGCAAACAUCGUGCAAGGCAGAAGAAUGGUUAAAGCCAAUUCACAAGGAGACUGGUCAAGAGAAAUAAGAGAAUUACCCUUACUUAAUGCAAUGCCACUACAUAGUUGGCUCAUACUCUAUAGCAGGAGCAGUCACAGAGAAGCCAUGACCUUAAAGGGUCAUCUACAGAGUGUCACAGCCCCCAUGGGCAUAACUAUGAAACCAGCAGAAAUGAUUGAAGUAGAUGGUGAUGCUAACUCCUAUAUAGACACAUUACGGAAAUAUACUAGACCAACACUGCAGAUGGGAAUGUCAUGUUUGCUGGUUUUCAAGGUGAUUUGUAUCCUGCCCAAUGAUGACAAACGUAGAUAUGACAGCAUAAAAAGAUACCUGUGUACCAAAUGCCCAAUUCCAAGCCAGUGUGUGGUGAAAAAGACCUUAGAAAAAGUCCAGGCAAGGACCAUCGUCACCAAGAUUGCCCAGCAGAUGAAUUGCAAGAUGGGAGGAGCCCUCUGGAAGGUGGAAACAGACGUACAAAGAACAAUGUUCGUUGGCAUUGAUUGUUUCCACGAUAUCGUAAAUCGACAGAAAUCAAUAGCAGGAUUUGUUGCAAGUACCAAUGCUGAAUUAACAAAGUGGUACUCUCAAUGUGUCAUCCAGAAAACAGGAGAAGAGCUUGUCAAAGAGCUGGAGAUCUGCUUGAAAGCUGCCCUGGAUGUCUGGUGUAAAAACGAAUCAUCGAUGCCACAUUCUGUUAUUGUGUAUCGCGAUGGAGUGGGAGAUGGUCAGCUUCAAGCAUUGCUUGACCAUGAAGCGAAAAAGAUGUCGACCUACUUAAAAACCAUCUCUCCUAACAAUUUCACUCUAGCUUUCAUUGUGGUGAAGAAACGAAUAAACACUAGAUUUUUUCUUAAACAUGGAAGCAAUUUUCAAAAUCCACCUCCAGGAACAGUUAUUGACGUAGAGUUGACUAGGAAUGAAUGGUAUGACUUUUUUAUUGUGAGUCAGUCUGUGCAAGAUGGGACUGUUACCCCCACUCAUUAUAACGUCAUCUAUGACACGAUUGGCUUGAGCCCAGAUACAGUACAGCGUUUAACAUAUUGUCUAUGCCACAUGUAUUAUAAUUUGCCAGGCAUCAUCCGAGUUCCAGCGCCUUGCCACUAUGCCCACAAGCUGGCUUACCUCGUGGGGCAGUCCAUUCACCAGGAACCGAAUCGUUCCUUGUCAACUCGUCUCUUUUACCUUUGACCUGCAGAAGAAGACCUGAUGUGAUAAUGAAACCACAACGUGUAAGCCUGUCUUCCUUUUGAAGCAGGAUGUCUGAAAUAUUUUCCUAGGUCCAUAGCAUUAAAUUCUCAUCGUUUUUGAUUGGACACAGGAGAGAUUCAGAGUGAUAUGUUCUACUCUCAAUACUACCACAGACUGAUUUUUCCGGAGAGGAGAACUGACAGGGUUUGGCUUGCAGUUUCCCUUUCAAAUAUGUGACAGAGAUCUCACAGCUGAACGUGACUGAACAUUUUCCACCCCAAGCAGGGCCACUCUAAGAAUUGAAAAGAUGGGGCAUUCGUCACAGAGAGAGUACAUCUGUGAACAAGUAAACUCUACUUGGAAAACUACGUUUACUUUAUUUUUGAAACUUUUUUUUGUUGAAGGACAGGAAAGGAAGACAUAAAAGUAACAACACUGAAUUUCUGUUUAAUAUUUUGUAUUUAGAAUUAACCUAUUACUGAUGAGCUAUAUAGGAAGCAUUGUGUUAUUCCUUGUGCUGGGGUGGGAAUUUGGAUAGAUUUUUGGUGGAAAGGUCAUAAGGAAAGCUGGAUUACGCCUGUAAUCCCAGCACUUUUAGAAGCCUGAGGUGAGCGGAUCACCUGAGGUCAUGAGCUUCAGACUAGCCUGGCCAAUAUGGUGAAACCCCGUCUCUACUAAAAAUACAAAAAUUAGCCAGGUGAGGUGGCGGGUGCCUGUAAUCCCAGCUACUCGGGAGGCUGAGGCAGAAGAAUCGCUUGAACCCAGGAGGCAGAGGUUGCAGCGAGCUGAGAUCGUGCCACAGCACUCCAGCCUGGGCAACAGAGUGAGACUCUGUCUCCAAAACAAAACAAAAGAUUGGCAGCUUAGGAACACAAACAUUUGAUUACUCUUUCCACAAAGAAGGAAAACUAAGCUUUCUUAAUGAAUUUGUUUAAUUCAUUCUAUUGCACAGUCCCAGUGUAUUAUGUUAGCUGUAUCAUAAUCAGAAGUCUUCAGUAAGUUAAAGUGAAGCUAUGAUGUUUUUCUUGAAAGCAAACUUUUUCCUUUCCACCUAAAACUAUCCUUAAUUAGACUCAGGAAACAAUGGGUUUUUGUUGUUGUUUUUGUUGUUGAUGUUGUUUUUUUAUAUGCAGUCUUGCUCUGUCACCCAGGCUGGGGUGCAAUGUUGUGAUCUCGAUUCACUGCAACCUCCGCCUCCCAGGUUCAAGCGAUUCUCCUGCCUUAGCCUCCCAAGUAUCUGAACUACAGGCAUGUGCCACCAAGCCUGGCUAACUUUUGUAUUGUUGGCCAGGCUGGUCUCAAACUCCUGACCUCAAAUGAUCCACCCGCCUCAGAAUCCCAAAGUGCUGGGAUUACAAGUGUGAGCCACCGCGC